AUGGCUCCACGGGUGACUCGCCGAACUGUUGCUGAAAUUGAUAGAGAAUUUGAUGAGUUGACCUCUGCUUUAUCUGAUCCAAGGGAGCAGUUGAUCACCUCUGGGGAAAGAACAAGUAGGUUACGUCCACGUGCCUCUCAAGCUGACAAUACAAGUGAUCAUUUGGAUUCAGAUGAGGCCAUGGAUGAAAAUAUUCAAAUAAAUGCUGCAGCACACAACACUGAAGACCCUGCUAAGAAGAGUGGUAGAAAAGUUACAACCAACGAUCAACUUCGCAAGAGAAGAGCAAAAGAAAACAAUAUUGAUAUAAAGUUCCCGAAAGAUUUUGCAAAAGUUAUCAUUGCAUUCAAUGGCUGCUUAUUACAUUAUAUCAUUGUUGUACAACAAAAGUUUCCUGAGCUUUCAGAAGAAGUUAAAGAUUGUGCGAUGAGACAAGUAGAGAGUCAAUACAAUAAUCGACGUUAUCGUCUGCUUCAAGCUUACCAUAACAAGAAGCCAAGGCCGCAACAUGUCUCACCAGAAGACCUAGAAACUGGUGAAUGGCUUACUGCUAUACAAGUUUGGAGGGCUACAUAUGAGAAGGCUGAUGGGACAUGGUCCAUUCCAACGGGUGAAGAAAUUAUGACCAAGCUACAGGAAGCUGCUGGGAUACAUCAAGAAAAAAUUUCUUCUGCGCCGGUGUCCAUAGUGGAGCACUUCGCACUAGUUCUUGGUCGAAAGCCAAACCAUUCAUGUGGUGUUGGCAUUCGUUCUGUAAACCGAGUGGCUAAGGAAAGGAUCAGACUGCAGGCGCAAAUUGAAGCUUCUGAACAGCGUGAAGCUGCAGCUCAAGCACGUGCAGAUGCUGCUGAGCAACGUGCUGAGACUGCUGACCAACAGGCACAGGCUUUGGAAGACCAAGUUUCCACGGUGGUCGAAACAAAUGCACACCUGCAAGAAGAGCAGCAAUCCCAACGUGAUGAGCUUACUCCUUUGCGUCAAGCACAGAGUGGAGAAGUUGUUCGUCUAGUGAGAGAACAACUUGAUAAUCAAUUGGCUGAAUUAAUCGCACGCAUACAUUCUGGUGCCUCGUAG